CCCCUGGCAUUGCCUUCAAGAAGAGCUUGCAUCCUAUGACACCCAGAGCAGAGUGUGGUCAGGAAAUGCCUGGGUUCAAAUCCAAGCUCUUCCAUCUGCUGGCUGAAAUCCUACUGGCAACUUGAUCCAUCCCUCCAGGCGUCAGCUUUCUCUCCUAUAAAAUGGGUCGCUGCCUCAGACCAGCCAAGUUUUCAGCUCAGCACCUGGCAUGCAGUCAGCCUUCUAAGGGUCUAAGGGUGUUUCUCCUUCUUUCCUCCUCCAAGGACCUCCUCCUCCUUAUUCUCCUUUGCCUCCAGGACUUGGAGCACCUCCGCCUCCUCCCCCGAUGUCUGUUUAUCCAGAACUGUUCAGGGUGCCAAGGCUGCAGUCCCCAGACCCGGUACAGUUCACAUGUCCAUACUGCAUGAACCGGAUCGUCACCGUGACCACACCGGUCCCAGGCAUGCUCACCUGGCUCCUGUGCACCGGCAUCUUCGUGGCUGGGUGCUUCUUGGGCUGCUGCCUCGUCCCCUUCUGCGUGGACAGCUUGAUGGACGUGAGGCACACGUGCCCCGUGUGUCGGCAGGAGCUCUUCCUCUACAAACGCCUGUGA